ACAAAUCCAGCUCUUUACUGAAGACAACAAGAACAGCUAGCUACUGAAUCCCACGAGUUCGAGUUUAUCUAGCUACUAAGCCCAACGAGUUCAACUAAAAUACAUAUCCACCGCGCACACCUACAUAACCAGUACAAGACGAGACUGAAGGCGACAUGUAGCUGCCGUCGAGAGGGGGCGCACGGGUGAUGUGGUCAGUGUAUGUGCUGGGUGAUGCUGCAAGUGUACGCACGAGCGGCGCAGAAACCGUACAUGCGGGCGGGGCAGCAAGCGUGCUCCCUGGCAACGCUGCAGGGAUACAUGCGCACAACGCGCAAGCACCAUGCCCCCGACAACGCCGCGAAGGACCGCCUAUUAACAGCCUUCGCAAGCGCAGAGGGCGGGCUGCGAGAUGCGUCGUCCACAACAUCCCGCGUCGUCCGUGAUGUCCCAGCUUGUCCGCAGCAUACCAGCCCCGUCCUCGACGUCCCAUUCCGUCGCCCCCGCCCCCUUUCGCCGCCGCCGCCGCCUCUCGUCAACGCACCGCCCUCGCCUCGACAUCUCAACUCGCCGCCGCCACUGCCGUCUUCUCAUAUCCCGGCCGCCGCCCCAAGGGUGGCAACCUGCACCUCUGCGGGUGGAGCGCGAGCGCGACAAGGCGGAUGUGGAGGGCUUUGACGGCGGUGUCAAAGGCGUUGAGGGCGGCAAGUAGGAGCGUCGAGGGGGUCGCCAAGAAGUGCGGGGCUGCACUCGUGCAUCGGCGUGAUCGUCGGCGGCGUUGAGGAGGUCCUCAUCGACGUCCCGCGCGUUCUCAACGUCAGCACAGAAGAAGACGGGCA